UGUCAGUGAGCUUCCAUGUGAACUGAGAGGAUGGGGAUCUUUGCUUAGGAGCUGCUUGGAUGAGAGGACUGGUCUGCCCAGUGCCUUAAAGGAUAUCUGUCAUUUUAGAAAGAAUUAUAGUUCAACUUUCAACGCUAACAGACCAGUACAAAAUGACCAGGAAGGUUUUCACAAACACCAGGGAGAGGUGGAGACAGCAAAACGUAAACAGCGCCUUCGCUGAGUUGCGAAAACUCAUUCCCACCCACCCUCCGGAGAAGAAACUGAGUAAAAAUGAGAUCCUGCGUCUGGCCAUGAAAUACAUCAACUUCUUGGUGCAGCUGCUAGAUAGCCAGAGCGGCAAGCCGGCAUCACACUCACCCGGGUCCCUCCUUCAUUUCCUGAGGGGCAACGUUGAGCGCCUGAACUCCGUGAAGCAAUGGGGGCUCAACAGUGACAAUGACAUCCCAUCCCCUAGCUCAAGCUGUGGCAGUUCUGAAUCCUGGUAGCCUCCAUUACGUCUCCCUCUAAACAGACUGCUGUGAUACCUGAAACUGGGAGUGUAACGGCUGCUGCUAGCCCCAUGUUUGCUACUACACCCUUCUGGUUAACACAACUUGUACUGCUACUUAAAUGUUGCAAUAGUUUUGACUUUAUUCUCAGUAGCCUUAUGUUGUUCAUCUCACAGAGGUGUAUUGUGGUAAAACAAUUUGCUUUGCUAUAUUGAGCUGCCAAAUUUCUGAGUUCCUGGCCUGUUCUUCAUCUCUCAUGAUUGUUAGUUAGGAAACUGAUGGCACAAGGAGACUGAUGGCAAAGACUUCUAUUUCAAGCUGUUGUUCCAUUAGUUGUAUUUGCAUGGAUGUUACAUGGAUAUUACACAAUCACCUGGUUUCUCCUAAUUUGCCAUCCCCCUUUCCAUUCAGAUCAUUGGUUGUACUUUCACCACCCCUCACAUAACCCCAUCUUCAAAUGGAACAUUGUUCGGAGGCAUCCUCAGCUACAUGUCCAUAUAGAGGAUACUGGUGAAUCAGGAACCCUUAUUAAGGAUGGUUUACGGAGCUAAGCUGCAAAGACCACCCACCUUUCCAAAAAAAAAUAAAAUAAACAUCUAUAGCUUAUGGAACUGCCUCUAAGCCACCUAGAUUGCAUGUUUAACUUUCACAUCUACUACAUGUACAGUUCAAGCUGCAACAGUAUAUGGCAAAACCAUCUCUUGGAUCUUUAAUAGGUUUGACUUGGUCCUCCUUUAAUUAGGAAUACAAGCGCAUUCAUUGUUCUACAGAGUUUUUGAGUAAAAUCAAUGUGUGGCUCUUUGAAGAAUCUCUUGCUGCUUAGUCCAUCAUCUGUGCUGGUGGUGGUCUUCUGUUGACCUGCCAGCUAAAAACGCUGGGAUCUAUUUUAAUGCCCUAAACAAUAGUUGGUCUAAAUACUGCCACCCUUUAACUCUACAUGGUAGGCAACCUUGGCACUUUCAAUUCAGGUCUUUGUUCCAACCAAGUCCUUAUUUAUUAAAUGAAACCAAUUAAACCCCUGACCAGGUCCUAAAGUAUUUAAUAAUAUAAGUAUACCUAUAACAUGGAAUAGAUGGACUACAGGACUGGAGUUGCCUACCCCUGUAUAUGAUUACGCCUGUGGGACUCCCUUUUUAACAUCACUAAAUACAAUGGAAAUAUGGUGGAUAGAGAACACUUUAAGGCAACCUUUCCUGGCAAUGACUGAAGCAACAUUCUAAAUACAGUUUUAGGUUAAGCAGCCUUAUGUUUCAUGGGCUUCAUGGCAUUGGGUGAUUAUUGAGGCUUCUUGGUUGAUUCCUAUUUGUAAUUUAUCACAAGAAACAAACAAACAGAAAUUCUAGUCUGCUAGUGCUAUACUGAAGGAGAGAUGGGAUGCCUUUGGCAAAUUCAUUUUUUGGAUUGCUCAUCAUUUGCAUUCCUUUUCAACAAUGCUGGAUGGCAGGAUCGAGGCCUAAUGAAUCAUUUCAAAACUAUCAUUUCCAUAUAUUUUCAUCAAUAAUUGUGUAUAAAGAUCUUUGAUCAGGAAUCAACAUACUGUGUUAGUAAAGCAAUUUCAGAACCACCCUAUGUAAUUUGAAUAGUUUUAGGGGGUAAAAAUAUUGAAAUAAAACAUUAUUUAAAUUCCAUUCUGUACAGCAAAAUACAUGACAUUAGCCAAAGAUUAUUGUUUGACCAAUCCUUGACAAAAGGUGUUGUGAUAUAAGAUGUUUGCCUUUUAUAAUGUUGUUCUGUGUUAUUUAAUUAUUUAUUGUGAUUUAUUUAUUUAAUUGGCAUUGGUAUUGUAUAAAAUAAAGUAUCUUGUCACAUACGAUA